GGGGAAAGGUUGCCUUAUCUCCUUUCAAUUUCAUCAAUCUUCUUAGUUAAGAUCGAACGAUUCAAAAAUCUCUUCAUUCUGAGAUCAAGAAAAAAUCUCUAGAAAAUGUCAAAUUCAUUGUGCUUCACUCGUCUCUCUUCUAUUAAACUUCCUGCUAAACCAGGGUUCAUUGAUGUUCAUCCCUCUAAUGUUGUUUGGCUGAAGGAUACAAUUUGGAAGUGUGAAAACCCUAAAAUUCGAUUGUUUGAAUUAAAGGCUACUGCUCCUGCUGCUGAUAAUAAUGACAAAAACAGCAAAAGCAUUUUCUGCUCUAAUUGUGAAGGAAAUGGUGCAGUAGCUUGCUCUCAGUGUAAAGGCAGUGGAGUCAACUCUGUGGAUUAUUUCAAUGGGCAGUUCAAAGCUGGUGCAUCAUGUUGGUUGUGCGGAGGGAAGAAGGACAUCUUAUGUGGGGACUGUAAUGGAGCUGGCUUUCUUGGUGGUUUCAUGAGUACAUUCGAUGAGUAACCAUUGGCGGAUUAUUUGAAAAUACGUUCUGGAAUUUGAAUUUAGACUAAAACAAGUUCAUAACACUUUCUUUUGUAAGUAUAGUUAACUUAAUUAGGUAUACAUAUAUUCAUAAUUUUGUUGGUCAAGUUAAGACAUUGUAAAUAUUAAUUUGAUUUCAAAGCUUCUUCAUUUAAUAAAAUUCUUAAGAAGUUCAUAUU